CUCUUCUACCCAGGCGCCUUCUCUCCAGGGCGCGCACAGGAGAAGACGUCGGAAAGCUUUGCUGAAUGUCGUGACCGGCGCUGGAAACCAGGAGCGACCCAACCGGCCAUCAGCUGCAGCGCAACAACUCGCAGAGUCGUGUCGACAAGCCCAACACCGAAGUACUUGUCUGCGGAGACAACAUCUUGUGACCCUCGAGACUAGACUGCGCCCGACUUCUGUGGGCGACCUCCAAGCGACAUUCAAAAGGCAGCUUCACUAAAGGCAGAGGAAGCGGGCAAAAGCGGUGACGAAGUCGAGUCCUAUAUAGCGGCCACACAGACUGCGACCACCUGCCACAUGAGCUUUGCCUGGAUGCGAGCCGCUCCUCAUGAAAGCAGCUUUGGGUGAAAUGACAUGAACCAGCAGUUUGCUCUACAAGCACCAUCUCACUCCGUCCAGCAAGCAAGCCGAACCUCAGCUUUACCCAUGGUUUCACGCGCGGAGGUUGUGGACCACCCUCACUCCCGCUCCCUCUCCCAGUCUCGAGCCGCGUCUUCUGUUGUAUCCCGCACCUCACGAUCGAGACAUCACAAUCGAGGCCGAUCGCAUUAUGGCGGCUCCUCUCAUGUGCCGCAAAACGAAUUUCCCUUCUUCUCACAGACUGGGGAUGUCGAGAUAGUCAUUGCCUGCGACGGACAAGAGAAGAGGUAUCUGCUACACAGUUUUACGUUGGCUCAGUUCUCGGGUUUCUUUCAAGCCAGCACAAGCGAAGAAUGGUCUCGUGGUCAAUCACAACAACAAGGUGGCCACAAUGUCACCUCUGUUUCGCGACCUGACCAGGCCUUGAGUGUUAUUGGAGAGGAGUCUUCUCAAAUCAGCUCGACUCCUGGGCCCUCCGUUCCAGCCCCUUCUCCAGCACCACCAGCACCCGCCCCGAGCCAAAGAAGGAGAUGGAGAUUUGAACUCGACUGGGAGGAGGUUGAGGAGGACGAUGAGCCCAUCUUGGUCCAAAAGACCCCCGAGGGGUGUCUUUUCAGUGCUGCAGCAGCGCCGGCGCCGGCGCCGGCGCUUUCUCCACCAGAACGUCCAAGGCAUCAACCCAUUCACUCGUCCUUUUUUCGUUCCAUGGCCAAUCUGGCCCUUUCUCACCACGGUCCGGCAACACAAUCCAGCGCUCAACUCGCAGUGGCUGUCCCCGAUCCAUGCCUCACGAACCCGCUACUCAGAGACUACGACAACCUGUUUCGCAUUUUCUACAACUACGCGCCAGUUUUAAACUCCUCCAACAUCGCCUCCGCCUAUUCAGAAUGCAAGGCUCUCCUCUCACUCGCAGACAUGUAUGACGCUCUUUCCGUCGUCGGACCUCGAAUCGACCAUCACCUCUUGCGUUUCUCAUCCCGGCUCUUCAAGCAGAUUGCAAAAUACCCGCCAUCAUACCUCAAACUUGGCUACCUCGCGCGGAGUCGAAUCAUCUUCUCCGAAGCACUAACUCACGUAGUAGGCCAAUGGCCCGCAGCGCUGCCGUACAUCAAGCCGCCCAAUCACUCUGGAGCAGGAUAUGAAGUACCUCAGUCAGUAAUUGAUUUGAUCGAAGAUAAAGUUGACGAGCUUGAAGAGUUGAAGCAGAGGGUCGAAACGAAGCUAUUCAGGUUGACUCUGACCACAACUCGCGGUGAAAGGGUCAAUCCGGCAAAUGACUAUCUCGGCUGGUUGGCCGUCAGUCUCUGGCGCCAGUGGUUGGCAGAGAACACGGCGCCUGAGAUUCGAGGGAUAUUGAAAAACAGUCCGAACUCGCGGCCUGGCAGCGGACAUGCGAAUCCGAGCAUUCCGCCGAGUCCACAUAGCCGACCGCUGCCGCAGGGGGCGGUCGCUCCAAAUUCCAUGCCACCGCCUCCUCCCUAUCAGCCUCAUGCCCCUCCUCCCUCUCCGAUCAACACGGGCCGCAUCUUUCGCCUGAUCGGAUCUUCUAACCCCGACAUUUUUCUCGCUCACGAAGAGUUGAAACGGUUCCUCAAGCUUACGCCCCCUGGUUCUUCUCACUCUCUUUACACUCGCGAAAAUCUCCGGAGAUUUGAACGCAAGAUUGACGAGAUUAAGAACGUCGCUAGGGAUAUUGUGAAGCCACUAACCAGGAACUGCCUCGAACUGGAUUUGAGGAGUUUGAGCGACGGCGGAGGUGGAGGGUUGGGGUACUUGACGUGUAUGAGGUGCGAAGAAGACGAGUUGCCUUGGGAGAUUUGACGCAACCAAAUUGACGCUGACGGUGCGGAGCUGAGAGAGAUGAAUGAGCUAACUGGGCGCUCAAAAAGCCAACAUCUCUCGGAACAGAAUGCCCUGUCCAGCCCUGUCAAACAGUCUGAUCCAGUUUUCAGACCCCUCGACCAACAGAGUUUCGGCCGCUGUUGUUGUCAUUUACAAGCGACUGAUCCGUCCACAAAGCUCGGCAUUCUUCCAGCUCUUUAGGACCAUGCAUGAUCCCAAUCCAAGUCCUUGGUCCGGGAAAGAUACGAUUCACCACUAUUUGUCCUACGAUUUCCCCAUGAUGAACGAUUGACGAAUUUCCUUUAUUUACGGUUGAUGUCAUUUUAAGAUUGUCGUGGUUUAGUUCAGCAUUGUCGUUUGAACGAGUCGAGCGAGUGGGCAGUAUUCUGGCGAAGUGGAAGUACAAAUCAAGGCAGGAUAGUUUGAGGAGACGGACAGACAUGGCAAUAUUGGAAACGAAAAGAAGGCCCCAUCAGGCGGCGUGAGUCGCUAGGUGUUGUGCACCUAUGUAGACACUUGAGGACAUUUAGGAUACCCAUCAUGACGAUUUAC